CGGGGAUGCAGAGGCGUAUUACCCUGGGGUGGAUGGCGGGGCAGGAGCAGGAUGCCAUCCUCACAUAUUUUGGGGAUGAGAGUGUAAGUGCCUUAUAGCCUCGCUGGGAAGAAUCAGGACGAGGGAACGCGGAUACGAGGAAAGAACUCGGCUUUUUUGAGGAAAGGAACUGGCAACCCCACGAGGGGCUGUGAAGCUCGUAAGGCGAGGUCCCCCGGUGCGCAAGCGCCGCACGAUGGCGAGGCGGAGUCGCCGAGGCCCGAAUUCUGCUGUAACGAUGUAGAUUAUGGCGACGUCUGAUUGGUGAGAGUUUGGCGGGAACAGGAGGACGCCUAACAAAGGAAGUGAUGUAAAGUGUCGCCCAUCUGGCGCAGGUGGGAUUAUACGGCCUGAGCUACGGGAUUAUCAUUUUGCUUGGUUGUUUUCUUGAGACACCGCCCAUCAGCCUCUCUCUGCUCCUUGCUUCCGGUUGCGCAGUGUGUUUUGCCCUUAGUAAAAAUGGCCGCAGAGCCUUCGGGGCCCCCCGUGGCAGCGCAGGGCGCGUUUUCUUAAGCAGGGCCUGGGAAGACAGGAAAAAGUGUAGAGUUCGUGAGCAUUGAUUGGCUGAAGCACGAAGCGUUCUGGACGUUGAUUGGCUCCGUCCUUCGCGGGAAGGAGUUUGUGACACCCGCGGGAAGUAGGUGUAGCACUGCGGGCGAAAGGGGGUUCUGAGGAUCCCGGCCAACCCACCAGACUGAAGUCUUCUGGGCCUCUCUCCUGAGGGGAUCGUGACCAAGAUGUGGUUUGGCGGAUCUGAAAGCUAUGGCACUUCCUUUGGCGGAGUCGGCGGCGGCUACACACAGUCCCCGGGGGGCUUCGGAUUCCCGACACCUUCCCAGGCUGAAAAGAAAUCAAGAGCCCGAGCCCAGCACAUUGUACCCUGUACCAUAUCUCAGCUGCUUUCUGCCACCCUGGUCGAUGAAGUGUUCAGAAUUGGGAAGGUUGAGAUUUCACAGGUCACUAUUGUGGGUAUCAUCAGACAUGCAGAGAAGGCUCCAACCAACAUUGUUUACAAAGUAGAUGACAUGACAGCUGCACCCAUGGAUGUUCGCCAGUGGGUUGACACAGACGAUGCCAGCAGUGAAAACACAGUGGUUCCUCCAGAAACGUAUGUAAAAGUGGCUGGCCAUCUGAGAUCUUUUCAGAACAAAAAAAGCCUGGUAGCCUUUAAGAUCAUGCCUCUGGAGGACAUGAAUGAAUUCACCACACAUAUUCUGGAAGUAGUCAACGCACACAUGAUCCUGAGCAAAGCUAACAGCCAGCCCUUAGCAGGGAGAGCAACUAUCAGCAAUCCAGGAAUGGGUGAAGCAGGGAACUUUGGUGGGAAUAGCACCAUACCAGCAAAUGGCCUCACUGUGGCCCAAAACCAGGUGCUGAAUUUGAUUAAGGCUUGUCCAAGACCAGAAGGAUUAAACUUUCAGGAUCUCAAGAACCAGCUCCAGCACAUGUCUGUAGCCUCAAUAAAGCAAGCUGUAGAUUUUCUUAGCAACGAGGGACACAUCUAUUCCACUGUGGACGACGAUCAUUUUAAAUCCACAGAUGCAGAGUAACUGGAUCUAAUUGAGUACCCGAGGUAUUUUCCAGCUGGACCUGUUUUCAUCAUCUGUUGUCUCCAGCUGUGCAUGUUUGGCCAAUUGACUUCUAGGGAGUAGCUUUCAUCUAGAAAGGGUCUCAUUUUGAAAGUUACUGCUCUUCUUUUUUGUUUGUUUGUUUUUGUUUUUUGAAGCUCCAUUUUGGGCAACUGACAGAAUGUAAACCUGGGUGGACUUUCUUAAAGAAGUUACAAACAAGCCGCUUACAACAUCAGCACAAAUGGAAGUGGAAGAGAGAUGCUACCAAGAGAGUUGGGCAGCGUUACUCAAGCUAUACCCGGGAGUUUCCACUCCUAACAUGUUUCCUGUUGAAAGAAGAUGAGCAGGACCCAGGGCCUUCAGUGGGGAGCGAGCCAAGAAACCCCCGAAUCUCUGCUUUUGUUCCCCCCCUUUGGUUAUAGGGUGUUAUUUUUCAGAAUUGCACUCUCCUUCACCUCGUCAUGGCUGCUGCCGAAAGUGUGUUGUUACGUUCUAGAGUGGUGGCCUCAUGAGGGCAGGAGAGAGCAAGAGAUGUUACUUCGAUUUCAUACAAAAUAAGUGCCCCCAUAUGUCUAAUAAAAUAGUUCUAUUGCAGAA